UUAUAAAACAUGGCCGCCGUCAGUGUUGUCGCGCACCAAACGGCAGUCGGAAGAACUAAACAGUUAAACAGCUUGUCAUUCUCUGGAAAUUUUCCGGGCUCGUGACAAAAAUUAGGGAGGACACAAAGUCGUCGUUUUAACAUUUAGAUGAAAAUUCACAUGAUGGAGGUUGAUGUGGCUCCUCCUAAAGGAGAGGGUCUCAGGCAAUAUUACAUCACCAAGAUUGAGGAACUUCAGCUUGUUGUUGCCGAGAAGGCUCAGAAUCUUCGCAGGUUACAGGCGCAGAGAAAUGAGCUCAACGCCAAAGUCCGCAUGUUGAGGGAGGAGCUGCAGCUGCUGCAGGAGCAGGGAUCAUAUGUUGGUGAAGUUGUGAAAGCCAUGGACAAGAAAAAAGUGCUUGUCAAAGUCCAUCCAGAAGGAAAAUUUGUUGUGGAUAUUGACAAGAACAUUGACAUCAACGAUAUCAAGCCCAACUGUAGAGUUGCACUCAGAAAUGAUAGCUACACAUUGCACAAAAUCCUUCCCAGCAAAGUUGACCCAUUGGUCUCCCUUAUGAUGGUAGAAAAAGUACCAGACAGCACUUAUGAAAUGGUUGGAGGUCUGGAUAAGCAGAUUAAAGAAAUUAAGGAAGUUAUCGAAUUGCCUAUUAAACAUCCGGAGCUCUUUGACGCCCUCGGAAUCGCUCAGCCAAAGGGUGUCCUACUUUAUGGACCUCCGGGAACAGGCAAAACUCUUUUGGCCCGUGCUGUUGCUCAUCAUACGGACUGUACUUUCAUUCGAGUCUCUGGUUCUGAACUGGUUCAAAAGUUUAUCGGAGAAGGUUCCCGUAUGGUUCGCGAACUUUUCGUUAUGGCAAGGGAACACGCUCCUUCCAUCAUUUUUAUGGAUGAGAUUGAUUCUAUUGGCUCAUCACGUAUUGAGUCGGGCAGCGGAGGUGAUUCCGAAGUUCAACGCACCAUGUUGGAGUUGCUGAAUCAGCUCGACGGUUUCGAAGCCACCAAAAAUAUCAAAGUGAUUAUGGCUACGAAUCGUAUCGACAUAUUGGACCCUGCUCUACUGCGACCCGGCCGCAUUGAUCGCAAGAUCGAAUUCCCCCCACCGAAUGAAGAGGCUCGCCUCGAUAUUCUCAAAAUUCACUCACGAAAGAUGAAUCUAACUCGUGGCAUCAACUUACGAAAGAUUGCCGAGCUCAUGCCCGGCGCUUCCGGAGCGGAAGUCAAGGGUGUUUGCACAGAAGCCGGUAUGUACGCGUUGCGCGAAAGGCGCGUUCAUGUCAACCAAGAAGAUUUUGAGAUGGCUGUCGCCAAGGUGAUGCAAAAAGAUUCGGAGAAAAACAUGUCCAUCAAGAAGCUGUGGAAGUGAUUGUUAUCCUUUUGUUAUUCGAUUUCAACGGUCCGCAACGGUAGAGACUUUAUCGUACUCCACAGAACAAGCAAGCAAUCAACUUAAAUCAGAAAAAGAGAUACUAAUUCACUUAGAGAGCUCAGGAUUAUGAUCAUAAUCCCAAAGUUUCCAUUCUUCUGUUCCCCAAAAAAGAACCCUCUAUCCAGACUUACUGUUGGAGGGGGGUCUAUCUUUCGAAUGUCUGCAAUCCCCAGCAUUCUUGAAAUGAAUGGUGUGCGUUCUGGAAACAGUUCCGCCUCCGCUGUCUUUGUUUAUUUCAUCUUCUGUGCUGAUUAAGUGAUAUUCUGCUGAAGUAAGUGGCGUACUGAUGGAUUUCUUCGACCUUCCUUGUCCUACCUGUAAUACAAAGAAUACAGCCUCCAA